AACGUUCACUGUUCCACUGCAUAAUUAUAAAAAUACGAGAUUACAACAUAUUAUUACCCAUAUAAACAUUAGUUGAAAGUAACCGGGAAGUUAGUUUAAUGAAUGUAGUUUUAUUUGUAUAUAGCGUGUACCAAACUGUAAACUAAUUGGUAUCAAAUAUGUAUUAAUAAAAUAAGCAGAACGCAAUUAAAACGAAAUGUUUAUAAUUUUUACGAUGUUAUUUAUCAUUUUCGACGAAAUAGUAAGUAAAAAUAAUUGUUAAAUGUGUAUAAAACAAUAAUAAAAAAUUGUGUCAAUAAGAGGACGUACACAAAUAAGAUGAAGGUCAAAUUUAAUAUUAUAGCGACGUUGCCACAUCAAUUAAAAUGGUACCAAAUACGAUUUACAUUCAUUUAUAAUAUGGAAAGUUUCGAAAAUUGUUUUACUACUUUAAUAGUAAUACUUCUAUUGUGUAAUAGCAUCCGUUGUAUAGACGAGACGGAAUGUGACAAUAUAGAAAUACAACAGCUUUGUCUCAAUCAAGACACCUGCGACUCUUGCAUACAAGCCCACUAUUGCUGUCAUUUUUGUUUUGAUAACAAAUACACUGAGAGAAAAUGUAACACCAAAAAUAACCUGUUGAGUUUACAAUGCCCUAUAGACAAAAUAGAAGAAAAUUUCGAGAACACGGUUGAAAUCGUGGAAGAUAAUCCUUUCAGUAUCAUCACCGAAAACGCUAAUUUAGAAGAAAUUGUGCAGAUAAAACCUCAAAAAAUGCAUCUUAAAUUACGUAAAGGUGCCCCGUUUAACUUAACUUUCAAGUAUAGACCAGCGGAAAAUUAUCCUUUGGAUCUCUACUAUCUCGGCGAUCUGAGUUUAUCGAUGAGUGAAAAUAUGAAGAUUUUCAAAUCUUUAGGAAAAGAUUUGCCUCGUAAUUUGAGUCAAUUGACGGAAAAUUAUAAAUUGGCUUAUGGAACGUUCGUGGAUAAACCAGGAAUGCCGUUUUAUUUCACCGAUAAAAAGUCCUUGGAGAAUCCCUGCUACAAUUCAGGAGUAUCGUGCGAGAAAGGAUAUUUGUUCAAACAUUGGUUGGAUUUUACGCAGGACAGUGAGGCAUUUUUGAAAAAGGUCGAAGCGAGCAGUUUGACUGCGAACGUGGACGAUUUGGACGGAGCGUUAGACGCAAUUCUCCAAAUUCUAAAUUGCGACGAAAGAAUCGGUUUUUCUAAAAGUUCCCGUAGAAUUAUUCUACUUCCGACUGAUAGUUUACUCCAUUCAGCAGGAGACGGAAUUUUAGUAGGCGCUGCACGGAAACCAACAGAAGAAUGUUUGUUAGAUGACGAUGGUGAUCACUUGAAUCCGUUGAUUUAUGAUUACCCAACACUUCAACAUAUUGAAAUGAUGCUGAGACAAAAAAAAGUAAAUAUAAUUUUUGCUGUAAAAACUCGUACUAAAUUGUAUUAUUACACUAACAUGACGAGUCAGUUGUUAAAAGGAUUUGCAUACGUAGGAGAAUUAGAAGAACAUUCUCAAAAUAUAUUAGAACUGAUAAAAGAAGGUUUUUAUAAUUUCGCCGAAACUGUUAGUUUUUACGUGAAUACGACACUGCACGAAUAUUUAGACGUGCAGUUAUUCGGCGAUUGUGAAAAUCGUGGUGUAUUCAACGCAACCUCGAUUUGUUACGGUGUUACAAAUGAUCCAGUACAAUUCAAAAUUCAAAUAACGUUAAAAGAUUUACCAUCGGGUAAACGAAAUGAUGUUUUGGAAAUAGAAGAAAAAAAUAUCAACGAAAAAUUGCAAUUAUCUUUAGAAUUUAUUGGAAAUUGUCAAUGUACUGGAUACGAAAAUUUAGAAAAUAAAACUUGUAUACACGGUGAUCUAAGAUGUGGUCGUUGCGAAUGUGAAAACAAUUGGAGUGGAGAAACUUGUUCAGAAGAAUGUAACGAUUUUGAUACCGUAAAUUGUAGAUUUUUCGAUAAAAAUGGAGAAGGAUCGAAAAUAUGUAACGGAAACGGAGAAUGCGAAUGCGGUAAAUGCAAUUGCGAACCUUCCUAUACGGGAAAAUACUGCGAAUAUCAAUGUCCUUCGAGAAGAAUUAAUAGAGAAUUGGUGAUAUGCGGCGGUUCUUCCAAAGGAAAGUGUUUCGAAGGGAAAUGUCUGUGUCAUCAGGGUUUCACCGGGGAAGAUUGUAGUUGUUCAACGUCUCAGCGAGAUUGCGUAUUCGAAGGGAUGGAAAUUUGCAGCGGACACGGAAGAUGCGAUUGCAAUAAAUGUUCGUGUUUCGCGGGUUCGAUCGGUGGUUAUUGCGAGAGGAAUCAAAAUAAUACGUCGAAUAUCGUCUGUGAGAGGUACGAGGAGGAAGUCGCUAAUGUUUUGAUGAAUAAUGGAACUUAUCACGUCGAAACUGAGUAUGGUGUGGUUCAAAUUAAUGAUGAAACUGAUAAAGGAGAAUUGACUUGUAAUCAAAAAGUAGACAUCAGCAUGUGCCAAACGUCCUUGUACGAAGGUAACAGUUUAUGCAUCUUGGAAUACUGCUACUACAAAUCGGAACAAAACCAAAAUACGAUGAUAAUCGCAGCAAGAAAGAUUUGCACAAUGACGGCGGGUCUCAAAGUUAUAUUUUCAGGAGCGCUCGUCGUAGCCGCUAUUUUAAUACUCGGCGUACUCCUAAUACUCGCUUAUAAACUCCGUAUGUAUAGAGAAGAAAGGGCGGAAUAUAAAAAAUUUAUUAACGCCAAUAAAAAUGCCGUCGAGAUGAAUCCGAUAUAUAGAAGUCCUUUAGUGGAAUAUACUAAUCCUUUAAGGACAAAAACUGAUUAGAUUAGACAGAUAUUGAAAAACCAAAUUGUACAAAGAUCUGUUAUAAACCAAAUAAAUUAAAAAAAAAAUCCUCGUUUUAUUUAAAUAAUAUCUCUACGCAGCCAAUUGUCUAA